AUGCUUAUAGCUACAAUCAACCCUAAACUCAACUUCCUGGCUGGAACCGUAGCUGGUGUGGCCGCGGUUGUCGUUGGUUUCCCGUUCGACACAGUCAAAGUACGAUUCCAGGCCGCCGUUGCUAACCGGGCUUACCGCUCGACUUUCCACGCGCUCCUUACUAUCCUACGAGAAGAGCGCUUGAGUGGACUUUACCGAGGUGUUUUCGCUCCCAUCAUUGGUGCUGCGCCUCUGAAUGGCCUAGUCUUCUCUUCGUAUGGCUGGCUCACGAAGGUUCAGCUUGAGACCGAGCGAUCCAUCCCCACGCUCACCCAAGUCACUCUUGCUGGCGCAGGCACUGGUAUUAUAUGCUCGCUCGUCACCUCGCCCGCAGAGUUGAUCAAGACCCAGCAACAACUUAUGCAGGCCGCAGCAGCUAACGCCACGUCGCCCGCCGGCUCUCUCAGCGCGUAUGACGUUACCCAACGUAUCUUCAAGCAGCACGGUGUCAAAGGUCUGUAUCGCGGUAUCACCUCGACAGCGCUGCGCGACAUCGGCUACGGCACCUACUUCUACGCCUACGAAGCUACCGUCCGCUACUGGCCACGAUCGCCCUCACAGCGGGCAUCCAACGUGACUCCAUGGCUAGCAACUCUCGCGGCAGGUGGUCUGGCGGGCAUCGCAGGCUGGGUCGUCACCUUCCCGUUCGACGUCGUCAAGACGCGCGUGCAAAGCACUUUCAGCAGAUCAGCCGAAAACCCCUACCGGAAUAUGCGGACCACGAUCGUCGCAUCCUACCGCACGGAGGGUUUCCCGGUGUUCUUCCGCGGGCUCGCGCCGACGCUGAUCAGGGCUAUUCCUGUCAACAUGGUUACCUUCACGACCUUUGAGACCAUUGUACAUGCGUUCUCGUGA